UAUUAUUAUUUCUUAAUUAUAUGAUAUUUUAAAUAAUUAUGCAAUAAGUAUAAAUUAGAUAUUUUAAAAUAAGUUUGCAGUUUCUGACGAAAAUUUUAUUACAUUUCAUAUACCACAUAAGAAUAGGUAGGUAUGUCAUUGUUAAAGAAAUUGCCGAACGCAAUUUUAAUGGCGUUGUCAGGUUAUGAGUUACGAAAAGACAGGCAGGAAGACAAAAUAGAAAAAAUAAGGGAAACCCAAAAUAGGUUUUAUGAAAACAUAAAUGAACAACUACACCCGCUCCCAGAACAUAGGCAAACUUUAACUAUAAUCAUAGUUCUAUUUAUCAUCAUGGUAAUUUUUUACUUGUUGACAAAAGCUUUUAUUCUCCUUAAAUUAAAUAGACCAGACCCAACACCAAGAAUAUAAAAAAAAAAAGUAUAAAAGUUUAAUAUUUUGCGUCUACCCCAUGGCUCAUCUAGUCACCUGGGCAAAUUUGUCUAAAAAAUUAAAAGAGGUAAAAACUGAGUUCGAUAAAUCCUACAAAUGUUUAAAUAGAUCGCCUGUACCAAAAAAAGCAACACAAAUAAAACAUCUGAAUAUUCUUCAAUGUCAACACAAUACCAUAACAGGUAUUUUCAAAUCAGUUUACCCUUACCUAACUCCGGAUCAUCAAUCCGUUUUUAAAUCAUAUAUUUCCGCAAUAAAAAUCGAGGCUUGUGGUUUUAUUCACUUUACUUCAACUUCCUCAGGAAGUGCCGAAAGAAUUUAACAAAUUCCUAAUAAUAAAUUCUGAAGCUUUUUCUGAUUGCGAAGAUUCAGAUUUAGAAUUGAACGAAAUAAAAGAACUUUUAGACACUACCACCAUGACACCUAUUGAAUUCAUAAAUAUCGCAACAAAAUUGUUGCCAGAAUUCGACGGCAAAGUUGAAAAUUUAAAUAAAUUCAUUAAUGCUCUCGACUUACUUGAAACAAUUAAAGAAACAAACGAGGCAAUAGCGAUUAAACUAAUCAAAACAAAACUGAAUCAAACCGUUAGCAGGUUACUUACUAAUGAAACUACGAUCGAAGCAAUUAAAGUCACUCUAGUUACAAAUAUAAAACAUCAAUCACCUCAAAAUAUUACAGCUAAAUUACUUAGUAUUAAACAACAAAACAAAACUGACAAUGAUUUUGCAAAAGAAGUUGAAAGUUUAACACAACAAUUAGAAACCGCAUACAUUUCAGACGGUCUAUCCCCACAGUUAGCCAAAUCAUAUUCUGCUCAAUCCGCAGUCAAGGCAAUAAAAACAAAUGCUAAGUCUAGUGAGGUAAAAAUGUUAAUGCGAGCUGGCCAAUUUUCCACAGCUAGCGAAGCAUUAACAAAAUUUAUCGAACUAGGAGCGGAGAGUACAGACACUGUAAACAUAAAUUACAUAAAUAAAUCAAGGAACUUUAACAAAUACAGGGAACGUGGAAAUAGUUCACAAUUCUCUCAAAGAAACAAUAAUUUUAAUGGAAAUAUUCGGGGACGUCAACAAAGCCCAAACUACAACUAUAAUCGAAACAACAAUCAUAGAAGUAGUAAUUACAGGGGAAGGUACAAAAGGAACAGAAAUGUCAGGUACACAGAAGCAUCGGAGAACAGCGGUGCUCCCCAGGCUGCCCACCUGGGGGAUGCACUAAAUUAAAUGAACAAAAAAUACUCCACAUUAACCUUUCUUUCAGCAAUUAUGUAAUGGUAAAAACAUCAUUACAUAACUCAAUUGCUACAUUUCUUCUAGAUACAGGCUCGGACAUAAGUUUAUUUAAAAUAGAAAAUAAUCAAAACUUAAAUAUCAAUACAGACGAAAUUUUAAAUCUAAAAGGCAUAGGAGACGGUACUAUAAAAACAAUUGGCUCUGCACGAACAACUUUCUUCAUUAAUAAUUUCGAAAAUUUUCACGAUUUUCAUGUUG